AUUAGGCAGGCAGACGACAACAUUAAAUAUGUUAACAAUGGGUGAACAGGCUCCAGUUACGUCUUGUGUGAUUAUUUGUAAUGGCCAAGGACCAGUAAUAUCUGUGCAACCUAUUUGUCUCAAUUUCGGAGAGAUACAAGUACUUCAAGAUAAAGUUAUGAGUUUUAACAUAAUUAACGACUCACCAAUACCAGCGCAGUUUAAAUUAACAUCAAAAAAGUCAUCAUGGCUCAUUGAACCAAUUUUUGGUGAAGUUAGACCGAAUGAUUCUGAGGAGAUUAAAGUCAAACUAUUUUUGCGCGAUACUGGUAAAUACAUUGAUAAUAUAAUCGUCCAUGUCAUCAACAGUCGAUCAUUUUCCAUUAAUGUAAUUGCGACUGGAAUUGGUUGUAGCAUCGUUUUUGAGCCGCAGAUAUUUCCAAUAUUCGAUAUGGGUUUUCUCUUUAGGAAGUUUCAAAUUGAACCGUCCACCGUAGAAGUUCCAGCUGAUGGUUCUAACAUAGUUCAGUGCAAAAUAUGUUGGAAUAUAAAUGAAAUCUUGACGGAAGAUUGGUAUAUAUUUGAGCAAAUUUUUGGACAAGGAAAGCGAAAAUUGAUAGGAACUUCUACAUUUAAAGCCACUUUUACGGAACCACGGAUUGCAUUCAACAAGAGAGAAUUAACGUUUUGCAUUGAUAUAUGUCCCGAGGGAGAAAAGUUGCAACAGAUAGGUAGAGAAAAUUAUAUUAAUAUGUUCGAAACUAUUUUAGGCAUUCAUGAGGUACUUGAUAAACUAAUGGUGACAAAUCAAUCACGAAUGAGUUUAAACGUUUUAUUGUAUAUUGACGCUCCCUUUUAUUUGAUGAACAAUAAGAAAAAGUUUGUACAUAAAAAGAAAAUUGUUUUGAUAGACGGAACUACCACGAUGAUUCCGGUAAAAUUUUCACCACAUAUAAAACUCGAUUAUCCUUAUUCGCGACAUUAUAACGGCGUGCUCUGGUUUGAAUAUGAAGAGCAUCCUAUUAAGAACAAAAUUCAAUGCAAAGGUGCGGUAAAUUUCCCGAAUAUUACAUUACAUUGCAAAGAUUUGAUUAUUAAUAGUAUUUUGGGUUCUACCGCCAAAAAAACAUUGAGGAUGACUAAUAAUGGACCAAUUCCCGUAAUAUAUAAAUUUCUAUGGGCCGGAGAGAGUAUUGAGAUUGAACGUGGAGCACAUGAUAAUUCCACAAAUCAUUUACAAUUACAAAUUAAUGCAGAAAAUAAUAAAUUUAAUCCCCGUUCCUACAAUAUUAAAAAGAAAUCAGAGACUAUCUUUCAGGAAAUUGAAAAAAAAAAUAAAAUUCUCGAGUUAUCAAUUUCAACAUCAUAUGAUUUAUUAUCAGAACUGCAAGAAGCUUCAGAUUCAAAGAAUUUGCUAAUGCAAAUUCGAUCGGAAACGCUAGAUGAAACACUCGAAAAAUUAAAAAGUAUUUUCAUGUCAACGACAAAAACAUCCUAUUUACGGUGUCUAGAUGAUCCAGAAAUUCUUCCUCAUAUAGAUUCGAAUUUCGAGCCACUUAUGAAGGAACCACUCGAUGAUAUACUUGACAUCAUCCCACACGAAGGCGUUCUCGUGCCAUUUUCUUCGCAAUAUGUAAGCUUCAUUUUCCAUGCCUCCGAGCCUAUGCAACUCAAAGUUGUCGCGCUUUGUGAUGUUCUUCAGGGACCUACUGAAACAGUUAACGUAUUUGCCAGCGCAGAUGUCAUUCGAUAUUCUGUUGACAAACAGAUCAUCGACUUUGGUCAACAAGUGAGUUAUUUUUUAAUUUCAAUAAUUACAGUACAUUUAUUCGGCGAAUUGUGUCGGUCGAGCUUCACUUUGCAAAAUCAUAGCAUGAUAUGUAUGGAUUAUAAAAUAAACAAGAGAAAUUUAAUAUUCGAAACAAGCAAUCUCGACUCUACAAUCGGCGUAUUAACAAUUGAACCGAAUAAAGGAUCUAUAGAUCCUCUAUCGUCAUUAAAAAUUACGAUCGAACUUCAACCCAUGCUGCUCGGCGCUUUUGAAAUAGAGUUUGAGUUGCAAGUGACUCAUGUAGAUCCAUUAAUAAUUACCACAAAAGGUGUUACAAGUUACCCACAAAUUUAUCCCUGCAUCUCGCGUGAUAUUUUUAAACCUGUGAAAUUGGGAUACCGUGCGAUUCAACUGCUAACUCCAAAUUUUAUCACGAUGAAAAAACAAGAAAUACAAAUACAAUGUGAUGUAGUUGACAAUUCAAAGAGUCAAGUGCCUGAAUGGGAUGAGCGAAUCUUAUUAAAUGACGGCUGGGACUUAAUUUCAUAUGCGGAAAUAUUUCCCAGUAUCAUCGACAUUGAGAUGUCUAUUGACAGACUUUUGGCAACUCGACUUAUUGAAGAAAAUGCUAUUUUGAUAAAACAUCCCAUUUCGCAUAAAAACGCUAUUCCUUUUCUUUAUACUCCUAAAUAUAUCAUAGACAUGGGUUAUAUUGCGAUCGAUAUCAAAACAUGCUAUUCAACAACGGUUGUCAAUUACGGGCCUUGGAACGCGGAAGUUACAAUGAAAAAAUUAGAAAAGAAGCAACUUGAAAAUUCCGGCAUUCUUGUGCAAUUUGAAAAGUCAACAUUAACCGUUGGGAAAACUACGUGCCUGACUAUUACGUGGCAACCGACAACAAUUAAAUAUUGUGAAAGAAGCACGAGAGAACAGCACACAAUUUAUUUAGAAGUAUCCCGUGGUUCAAUUAUUCCCAUAAUUAUAAAAAGCAUCAUUACUUAUCCAUUCAUAACUGUUAACACGAAAUUAUUAAAUUUUCAAAAUGUCAUCGUAGGAGAAUGUUUAAUGAUGAACGUUUUAGUGAAAAACGAUUUCCCACCUACAGUGAUUUUUACCGAAGUAUUGGAGAAAACGUUCACGAUCGAAAAUAAGUGCAAUUAUCCUGUAGAAUUUUUCUGGCAUCAUCUGGACAGGUAA